CUUACAGCUUCUCACAAAAUGAUUUAUUAUUUUGUAAUUUGUUAUAACUUAUAAGACAAACAAAUGAAUAAAUAAAUUAACUCUCAAAUCUACAUUUACAUUAAAUUAGUACCUAGUGAAUGUUACGUUUGUGUAUAUUAUUAUUGUAUUUGUAUCUCCGCCUAAUAAGUCCUGAAAACAGUUGGUGAUUAAUUGAAUGCAGCGAUUGUGAUGUGCCAAAAAAUGGAAGUUUUUGAAGCUCAACUUGUUGAACCCAAUAAAAAAUAUGCUUGCCCAUUUGAAGGUUGUACUUCAGUGUUUGAUAGGCCGUACAGGCUAGCGCAACAUCGAUUGGCUCAUGUUAAUGUGAAACCUUUUGUAUGCGAAGAACCAAAUUGUGAAAAAGCAUACACAAGCAAGAGUCACUUGGACCGUCAUAUCAAAACUGCACACAAAGAAGCUGCUGAAGUAAAUGUACUAUACUGCUGUCCAAAAUGUAUGAAGAAGUAUGUGAACAGACAAAAUCUAAAGAGGCACAUAAAAGUCAGCCAUAUUGAUAACAAUAAGCCAUUCUGCUGUGCUCUCUGCAGAAUAUAUUUCAAGAAAAAGCACCAGUUGAAAGCCCACAUGUUUAUCCACAAUGGGUUGAAACCUUUCAGAUGUCCAAUGUGCGAUAGGGACUUUAUUACUCUAUAUGAGAAAAAGAAACACAUGCGAAACCACAAGACAUAUGAAUGUGAGCAUUGUGAAACAAAGUUUACGAGAUGGACUGAGUUGAUGCAUCAUAAAAGAGUGGACCAUGUAUCUCCAGAAUAUAUUUGCCAUGACUGUGGAAAAGUGUUCAAAGAGAGAGGUCACAUCAUUCGGCACGUCAAAAAGCAUAUGCCCAAUGCACCAGUUAACAUAUUUUUCUGUCCUUAUGAUAAUUGUCUCAGACACUACUCUCGCAACAGUAAUCUAAAGCAGCAUAUUUUGGUCAAACAUGAAGGGCUGACAUUUGACUGUUCACUUUGUGGAGCCAAAUUAUCUACUAAGGCAAAGUUAAAUGAACACGUCGAUCGUCACAAUCGGCCAGAAUUACCUGUUAAAGUUCCUAAAACUCUAGAAACUGGUCGAAAGAAAAGAAAAGAUGCGGGAACUAUAAGAUACGAAACUGCAAUGAGGUUAGCUGGUAUUGUCAAACAGAAAAUAGAAGAAGGCAUAUCAAGAAUUUACUCUGAAAGUAUGAAUUACCAAGAAAACUUUGAAAAUUGUACCAAUAACACAAAUUCUUGUAUUCAGAAUGCUGAUUUUAGACAGCAAAUUAAAAAUCAUAAUGAUAAGAAAAGUAUAGUUUCCCAAGAUUGUGUAAAUAGUGACCCAAAGGAACCAAAUGUAAGUAUUGAAAUAAAAAUCGAAGCUAACCCCAAUGAAAGUACAGAACUUCAAGACAAAGCUGAACAAACCAGUUCUAAACCACCUGAAAAUUUUCAACAUUUAAAUGAAAGCACUACAUUAUCUAGUCGCCAAAAUGAAGGUAUAGGUCUUCAAAGAAAGGUUAAUACUAAUCAACCAGCUAGUCUUAUAGAAACCCUAAACCGGCCAAUCUUAAGAAUAGAUCGCAGUGAACCAGCUAGUUCGUCAAACCAAAUAUCCAAUGAGACUAUAGAUAUUCAAGUAAAAAUUGAAGCUGAUAACAACAACGAACAAUACAAUAGUGAUUUUGAAGAAAAUACUGAGUCUUCUAAUGUGCCAAAUGAAUCUAUAAAUCCAGAACAGGCUGGCACAUCCAACCAACAAAUAAUGGAAAUUCCUAUCAAAGUAGAACAUAAAACAGAGGAACAGAGUAAUAUAAAUGAUGAUUUGCAAUCAAAUCUACAAGAUGGCUCAUCAAAUUACCUCAAUAUACAGUCUUCUGCCACCAAUAAUGCACUAUCUAGUUUACUGCAACUUUACUGGAAAACCAUUUUGAAUUAUCAAGACGUCUAGAACUUCCUUAUCAAAAUAAAAAUUUAUAAAUUUCAAUAAAUUACUUAUUUAGAAACAAAUUUUUCCAUCGAAAUUUAAUGUAUUUUUAAUUUAAUUACUUACUUAAAGUAAAAAGAUCUACAUGUUAUAUUUAUCAUACUUAUUAUUUAAGUAGGUAUUACAGUCUUUUGUUCUCUUUACAGUAAAUUGAUUUUUCUCAAAAAGUGAUACAAAUAAGAUGAUACAAUUAUUCAUGAAUGUUUUCCAACCAAAUCGAUCUAUCCAAUCUAACUAAACUUGAGUAUUUUCUAGCAGCAAGUUACAAUUUGUAUCAAAAGUUACACAAUAGUGUAAAAGGUUAUAAAAUGGUUAUAAAAUUAUACCUUUAUGUCAUGAUGUAGGAACGAACCUUUGUAUAUAAUUCUAAACUGAAUUGUACUAUAAAAAUAAUUUAUAGAAAAUAAGUUCAAACUAUCUAUUUCUAAGGUCAAUAUUGUAGCUAAUUCUGUUAUACACAACCUUUAAACUAAAAUGUAUUGCUAUCUUUUUUACAAUGAUCUCUAUGAAAAAAGAUAGCACGCCUCUCAAUUUAGUUCAGAGAUUAAGUACAACAAAAUUUGCUACAUUUAUAUCGCAGUGAGCGGCUCAUAAUGAUCAUCAUAAAAGGGAUAGUUUUCUCCAACUUGUUUAUCUUUUUGUGGGCAAAGGAAAUUGGCGAAGCAAAUAUACAAUGUACUGAAGCUGAAGAAAUGAGCUUGAUUCUAAGCGCAAGUACAUUUUAGAGUAUUCACAUCUUUUUCUUACCAAUGUCAUAAGAAAAGGAUAGAUAAACCUAAUUUAAUUUAGAACUGUCAAACCUCGUGAAUAGGUAUAGGUACCAGUUGUGAGCCUAUUAUUUUUU